AUGCCGUCGCACCAAGAUACAUUUUCAGCAACGCUCGCGAAAAUCAACUGCGAUUCCAUGUCUCUUAUAGGGCUCCAAAAGGAGUUUAUUCUUCGGUAUCUUCGCGAGAUCCAGACCCCUGGACUGCUCUACAUCCUUAUUCUCGAUGAUACCACCGAAUCGCUUUUAAAUCGAAUUCUUCCUAAAGAAAAACUCUUGCGGGUGGUGACGAGCGUCGACAAAAUCGACAACAAAAGAAGGACCCAAACGUUUCUCGAAGCCAUUUAUUUCGUGGAACUCUCCGCCUACAACAUCAACUGUAUGAUAGCCGACGUCCAGGUCAAACGGUACAAGGGAGGCCAUGGAAUGUUCUUGCCGUUGCUGCCCACCGACACCGAGGCACUGUACGUGUACAAUUCGUCCAAAUUUAUCCAGAACCCAAAGGUGUAUGACUACUUUGGCGGCGGGAACAACAUGCACACCGUGCCUGCCACCCUCUAUCCGGUAGAAUCUCGAGUUUUUUUGGCAGAUUCUUCAACUCCAAAUUCUAUGGCCAUCUACUACAACGACAAUUGUGCCGAAUUAGUGCUCCCACAAAUCAGAAUUGCCGCCCGUACCCUUGUGAACCUCUUGGUGAUCACCGGCGAGUACCCGCUUAUCCGUUUUUUCUGUCCUCAGGACGCUACUCAUGUCGCUGCUCGGCUUCCCGAAUUGCUCGCCGAUGAGGUUCAACGUCAAAUCGACGACUAUGCAAGGGAACACCACGACUAUCCACCUGUAGAAAACCAGGACAAGCCGCGGUCGAUUUUGCUCAUCACAGACAGAACAAUGGACCUCUAUGCUCCGCUUUUGCACGAGUUCAGCUACCAGGCAAUGGCCAUGGAUAUCGUUCCCAGCUUGGAACGAGAAGGAGUUUACAAGUAUACUACCGAGAACGAAAACGGCGACGUGGUAGAUCUCGAGGCUCGCUUGGACGAUGAGGAAGACGAGGACUGGGUCAGUUUGCGUCAUACGCAUAUCAUUGAAAGCUCGGAACUCAUCAUCACCAAAAUCAAUGACUUGAUACGGAACAAUCCCAUGAUGGUGGACCGUCUGAAGGCCACCACGUCGCUGGAUUUGAUGUGGGUGGUUGCACAUUUGAAGGGAUUCGACAAAGAAAGACGUCAAAUCACUCUUCACAAGAAACUCAUAGACGAGUGUCUCGACCGCAAUUCCGACCGAAAACUCGCCGAAUUUGCAGCAGAUUUCGAACAAACUUGUGCUGCCGGAGGCACCAGUUUCGAGGGUGUCAAGAAUAAGACUCUCCAUGAAGAUUUGGUUGUGCUUCUCGCCCGAAGCGAUUUGCACGUCAACGACAAAAUGAGGUUGGUUUUGAUCUACGCAUUGUACCGCGGCGGGCUCGUGGAGUCCGACUUUAUCAAGCUAGCCAAAUUUAUUGGCGUUAAGGACCGGCAAAUGGUGUCGCUUGUGCAGCGAUGUUUCACCAACAUGCAAAAACUCGGGUUUCCCAUCGUCAAACUGGACGUCAAACAAAAACGGGUGGUGAAGGAGCACUUCCACACCAUCAACAACGAGGGCACCUACAACACAUCGCGGUUUGGACCUGGUUUGAAAGCGGUUCUUCAAAAAGCUGCAAAAUACCAAUUGGACGAAACCUGGUUUCCUUACUUCCGCGACAAACCAUUGGACGAGGACUUGCCUGCCGAUGCCACCGGCUCAUCUUCGGCGGCUCCAGGGUCGAAUUCGUUGAGAAAUCCUCGGAUAAAAGCGUCGUGGGCGCAACACUCCGCCAAGCUGGGGCAGCAAAAUCGUCCCAAACAACGCAUUUUCUGUUAUGUUGCGGGCGGCAUAACGUACUCGGAAGUGCGCCUGAUGUACGAGUUGACGGAGGCUACCAAUAAAGACUUUUUUGUGGGAUCUGAAGUGAUCUUGAAACCUCGUGAUUUUCUCAUCGGACUUCAGUCCGUCGACAAAGCCAAAAAAAUUCCCGAUUUGGACAUUCCGCUCUACCACAAGUUGCAGCGGCCCUCAGAAGCACCCUUACAUCUUUUCGAGGUGCCCAAGGCUCCCGUAGUGCCGCAGGUAAACCCUAGUCAGAUGUCCAAUAUGGCAGGUUUGUCCGUCAAUGCUUCUCCCAACACCAACAACCAACCUUCCACCAAUCUUCCUUCGCAUUACCAAACCCGCUUGAGCAGGCAACAGGAACCCGAGCAAAAAGACAAGAAAAAGUCCAAGUUGAAAAAAUUCUUCAAGUAG